AUGCCGAUCUUUGGGCGGAAGAAGGUCGACAUCCGCGUGCCGACGGGGAAGAAUGCCGUCAACUUGCGCAAGCUGCUCUUCCUGACGCUGCCUGAGAGCUCGCAUAUUUUGCCGGGCGAUGCGUGGGACAAGAUCGAUUUUCGGUGCUUGUCGCUCAUGAAGGUCAAGAUGCUUCGCGCCGCGUGCUUGGCGCGGGAGCUCGAGCCCAAGGGCGGGAAGCGCGUCUUGGUCGAGCGGUUGACGUCGUCGCUGGAGCGGCAGCGGGCCGAAGAGGACGACGCCCGGCGUGACGUCGCAGUCAAAGAAGAGCGUCGGAUCAACAAACUCGGCGGCCUCUGGACUUGCGGCACGGGCACGCAAGGCCAACUCGGCCACGGUGACUGCGAGAAUUAUGACAUCCCAACGCAAAUCAAGAGCACUCGUGGCAUGCACUUUAGUCAAGUCUACGCGGGGUUUGACUCGGACAUUACCUUUGGCGUCACACGCGCCGGCGACGUGUACGUCUGGGGCAACAAGUCGGGGCCCACGGGGCUUCCACGGCCCAAGACGAAGAAGGCGUCGACCGCGACCCCGGCAGCGAGCAGCACUGCCACGGCCAACGACGAGAACGCCGCAACUGCAGAGAACGACGAUGACGACAACGACGAUGAAGACAACGACGACGACGACGACGAUGACGCCAACGACGACGACGCGGCAACGGACGACGACGGAGACGACGACGACGCUAGCGUCUCGUUGCGUCCGGAUGUAAUCCCGGCCCCUGUGAAGCUCAAGUCGCUCUCGGGGGAAGACGUGGUGGCGAUUUCUGUUGGGCGCGUGCACUGCGCCGCGCGAACCAAGAAUGGCGAUGUCUUUACGUGGGGCCAAAACGACCACUGCCAGCUCGGACACGAAGCCGAGCACAGUUUGAACGAAGCUCAAUCGCGGCGUGCGAUCAUCAAGUACGGACUCGACGCGGUCGAGCCCGUGAUCUGGACGCGAACGGUGCCUGAGACGUGCGUGAUUGUCGGCAUCGCCGUCGGGACCGACCACACGCUCGCCGUCUCGGACGACGGCGACAUCCUCGGCUUUGGCUCCAUGUACAACUCGUCCGACCACUCGACACUGUCACGGCACCUGCGCAAGCAACGCGUGACCCAAAUCUGUUGCGGCGCCUUGCACGCGGCCAUCGUCAACGCCAACGGUCAAAUGUACACUUGGGGCAGCGGCGACGGCGGACGUCUUGGGCAUGGCGAUUUGGCGAUGCAAGUCACCCCCCGCCUAGUCGACGCCCUCGCCAGCGACAUUGUACUGCACAUUGCGUGCGGCUGUUGGCACACGGUGGCGAUCUUGCUUGUCCCGCCGCUGCUCAAAGGCGGCUUUGUGUACACGUGGGGAACCGGGCGUUAUGGACAACUGGCCCAAGGCGGGCAGCAAAUGGUGUCAACGCCGGGCCUCGUGCGCGACUUUCUCAUGCAAAGCGUCUUUAUGAAGCGGAUUUGCGCCGGCAUGUACCACAACGUAGCGCUCUCGAUCGAUGACGAGGUGUAUACGUGGGGCAGCAACGUGAACGGGUGUCUUGGCCGCCCACUGGAAAUGGCCACCAACCCGGAAACGUUCAGCGCCGUCCCGGGUGUCGUCGAAGGCAUGUCGGAUUUUGCCGGUCGCCCUUGUGCCAUUGCUUGUGGACGCGAGUACACGGUGAUUGCAACCAAACCAUACCUUGGCCCAUCCGAAGAAGAGGUCGAGGCGGCCAAGGCGAUAGCGGCCGAACGCCAAGCCGCAAUCCAAAAGCAAAUCGACCGCGAAGACGCCAAAGCCGCGGCGGCGCGCGCGCAAGCCGACGCAGCGGAACGCCUUCGGCUCAUUCAAUACUUGAACGUGCACCACCCGCUCUGCACUGCGUGCACGGUGCCAGGCACGUGUGCCGGGUUCCAGCGCGACGACGUCGACCCGAUCUUGUGCCGGCACUGCUUGCACGGCAAGGGGAGCCACACGCUUUUGUACAGCGAGCGGGACAAAGCUGUGGAUUUGGACGGCCUCCAGCGCGUUGCAGCGCUCCUGGACCUCGCUCUCGCGGACGAGGCGGCGGCGGAAGAAAAAGAAGAUACAUAA